UCGUCACAAUAAUCAUGAAGAAUGCUAUAUAGCGCUAUAUAGCAACAGCUGGUCAGAUUCAGACUUGCUUAGGCACGAAGAGGAUUGCGAGAUUGCGAGUGUUCACCUGCAGACGCGCGACGAUAGUAGAGGUUAACUUGCGUGAGGAGCAUGGCGAUUCGUAACUGUGGAUCCUGUGGGUCAUGGCGAUGUUUCUUAAUGGUUUUGUCUGUUACUUUCUUAUUUCUUAUCAACACCUGUGAUACCAUACAGAAAUAUCAUAUAUGUGUAACAGAAAAAUCAAACAACAAAAAGUAUACCAAGUACUGCCCUCUUCUUGAGAAGUCUGGUAGCAAAGCAGCAUGUGUAACUGGAAACAGUAGACUUGAUUGUCUGAGGAAGGUCCUGCAGGGAAGAGCAGAUUUUGGUGUCUUUCAAGCAGAAGAUAUUGUUGUUGCUUCCAGUUACAAGAAUCCUGAUGUGCUAAUAACCAAUGAAAUUAGAAUGUUUGAUACUCCAUUUGAAUUUGAAGUGUAUCCUGUUGUGAGGAAGAGUUCAAACAUCACCAGAAUAUCACAGCUACAAGGGAAGAAGUUCUGUCAUCCAGGUUAUGGUUAUGAGCCACAAUGGACUAAAGUUAUUUCAGAGUACUUCGAAGCUCGGGUUGUAACACCAAUAUGUGAUACAGAUGUGACUGCUGCUGAGAAUAUUUUCAAGUCGUCAUCUCAGUUCUUUAAGGCUACUUGCAAGGCUGGGCCUUGGGUUCCAGAUCAUAAAUUGGGCACAAAGCUGAUGCAAACAUACUCCAACCUGUGUAAGUUAUGUGACAACCCAAUGGAUUGCUCAAUGAAUGACAAGUACUGGGGACCAGUUGGAGCCCUGUACUGCCUGACAGAUGGUGCUGGUGAUGUCGCAUGGGCAAGGCUGCUAGAUAUUGAGUACCACUUUGGAAUUAAUGGUGGAGAACCAGUUCAUGCACCAGCAGAAGAAUACAGCUUCCUAUGUGCAGAUGACAGGCUGGUUCCUCUGAAUAAUCCAGAGAAUUGUGCCUGGCUGUCACGACCCUGGGCAGCUGUUAUUGCAAGAAGGGAAGCCGCUGAAAGUGUACAGAAAAUAUUGUCAUCUUUGAAGACUGCAGAGCGUUUAACAUGGCAAUGGGCUCUGGAAGAGCUACUGGAAAUACAUGCGCAGACCAUUGUACCUGUGGAUUCAAUGAUGGUUCCUGAUGACUAUUUACAGAAAGCUCCUGGUUUCUUGAGUGCCAACAGCUUAACGCAUUGUGAACCAACUGGCAAAAUACGAAUCUGCACCAAAAAUAGUUCAGAGUUGAAUAAAUGUGAUCUGUUAAAAAGAGCAGCCAAAUCUUAUGGGAUAGAACCUCAGCUGGAAUGUAUUGCAACUCAAAUGGAAUCCUGCAUGAAAGCAGUACAAGCAGAUGCUGCAGACGUGGUGACAACUCAACCAGAUGAUCUAUAUGUUGGUUACAGAGAAUUUGGUCUGAGGCCAUUAUUAUAUGAGUACACAAAGAACUUUAAAAGUAUUCAUAGAUUUGCAGCAGUAGUACAAAUGAAUUCAACAAUAAAGCACAUUAAUGAUCUAAAGGGCAAAAGGGCAUGUUUCUCUGUUUAUAAUGGAGCUGGUUGGAAUUCCAUAUUUAGUGUUCUUAGGAAUAAGACCUUUGUUUGUCCCACCUGCUCCAGCACUACAGCAUUAGGAGAAUUCUUCUCAGCAAGUUGUGUGCCUGGUAUCAACAAAUCUCAGAACUUCCCUUCAAACUUGAAAGCCUUGUGUGAAAAUAAUCUCUACAGUGGUGAAUCUGGUGCAUUUCGGUGCCUGGCAGGUGGUAAGGGUGAAGUGGCUUUCAUUGAACUAAACACAAUAAAAGAAAAUACAGAUGGAGCCAAUAGUGAACCAUGGGCCGUGGAUCUGAAAUCUAACCAUUUCAGAGCCCUCUGCCUUGAUGAUCAGAGCGAAGAAUGCUAUCUUAGCUGGGCAACCCCAGGACAAGUUUUAAUAAGAGGCAAUACAACAGACUUGAAAAAAACUGAGAUUUCUAUAGCUCUAAUGGAACUGGGAAAUAUGUUUGGCAAAUACCGGAAGACACCAACAGCAGAGUUUCAGAUGUUUGCACCAUUUGAUAAUGAGAACAAUGUGUUAUUUCAAGAUGUGACAUACCGUUUUGAGGAAUUUGCAUCACUUCAAGAGGUUCAUGACAAUAAAGCCAUGGUGUAUAACUAUGAAAGAAUGAUUGAGGAUCUAUCACAAUGUUCAUCUGCACAAACUGUGAGGAUUUCAUCUAUCACGUUGCUGCCACUUGUAUUCCUGUAUUUUAUCUCAGUCUGAAUAAGAACAUAACUAUCUUACAAACUCAGGGAUUUUUUUAUCAAUGAUUUAUAGCUUUGUGAUAAUAAGUGAAACUGUUUUAUAUAUACUAUGGUAAGAAUGCUAGUAUGAUGAAUCAUACAGGGUUCUAGUACAUGACCCAUCUCUGUUUUUGUGACAAAUAUGUAUAAAUAUAAUUGAGAAUCAAAAUAGAUGUGAAGAAA